GGAAGGGAGGGGGAGGGGAAUGUUACGUACUAACCUAACCUUGACAGUUCGAUUAGGAAGAACGAACAACCAAACCUUCGAAUAUCUAAGCAAUUAAUUUUUGUCCCAUCAUGCCGGGCAAAAUUCAACCUCGUGAUACUAUUGAAAUCGUCCAGAAAUUGAGGAACUUCCUGCUAGGGAGCAGAGGCGGACAGAACUACCUUCGAUUUGAGGGUCAUGGUAUUGCUGCACGCACUCAACCUCCUCCAAAUCUGCCUGAUGGCCCCCACGCUAAGCUCUCUGCCAACUACUACUAUACAAGAGACGCCCGCCGUGAGUUAAACCCACCUGUCCUUCUAGCCAGCGACCAGAAACUUUUACCUGCUCCUGCCUCAGAACAGCCAGCUCGUAAACAUCGCACUCCAGGCCCAAACUUUGCAUGGGACGCUCGUCUAUAAACACCUCUUCUUGUACUGUAUAUUUGUGUAGAAAGUGUAAAAAUGCUUAACUUCAGAUAAUAUAUAUUUAAUUUUAUCUCAAUUGAAAA